GUGGCGGGGACUGAAGCCGCAGCCAAGGCAGCAGUCUCCUUCGCUGCUGUCAGUCUGGGCGUAGUGCAUUACCCUGAGCCCACCUGCUGUGGGUUUCUCCGCAGUUUCCGCGGGGCUCCCGAAGCCCUGAAAGGCGAAGCGGCAAGGACGCCUCUCUUGAGAGAGGAAGCGAUAUCGCAGCCCCGGAUGCGUCCGGAGGGCGCGGGAAUGGAGCUCGGCGGCUGCGAGGGACUCCUGCCGGAGGAGAGCAGGAGGGAGCACUGGCGGUUGCUGGGCAAUUUGAAGACUACUGUGGAGGGUUUGGUGUCAGCCAACAGCCCCAACAUCUGGUCCAAGUAUGGUGGCCUGGAGCGACUUUGCAGAGACAUGCAGAGCAUCCUGUAUCAUGGGCUUAUCCAUGACCAGGUGUGUUGCCAUCAGACUGAUUACUGGCAAUUUGUGAAAGACAUCCGCUGGCUCAGUCCCCACUCAGCCUUUCAUGUGGAAAAGUUCAUCAGCUUGCACGAGAAUGGCCAGAAUGGCAGUGAUGGUGUGAGUGAACGAGCUGUGGCAGAGCUGUGGCUGCAGCACAGCCUGCAGAGCCACUGUCUCUCAGCCCAGCUCCGACCUCUGCUUGGGGACAGACAGUAUAUCAGGAAAUUCUACACAGAUACUGCUUUCCUGCUAAGCAACGCCCAUGUCACGGCCAUGCUGCAAUGCCUGGAAGCAGUGGAACAGAACAACCCCCGCCUCCUGGCUCAGAUUGAUGCUUCUAUGUUUGCCGGAAAGCAUGGGAGCCCACUGCUGGUGACAAAGAGCCAGAGCUUGACUGCUCUGCCUGGUUCCACACACGCCCCUCCAACCAGCUACACUCAGCAUUCCUACUUUGGGUCCUCUAGUCUCCACCAGUAUGCAACCAGCCACAGCUCAGAAAAAAGAUCUACUUCAUUUUCACUCACUGACCCUCCCCGGAAACCUCAAGAAAACACAGGACACAUCUCACCAGGAGAGAAUCAAACCAUCCAAGCCCCCCUGUUUCCAAUCUCUGCAUUAGCCAGAGAUUCCUCCUCGAUGCCAAAUGAGAUGAGCUCUAGCACUCUGACCAGUCCCAUAGAAGUGUCCUGGGGCAGCAGCCAAAAUGAUCCCCCAAGCGAUGCCAGUGAGGGACCUGAGUACUUGGCCAUUGGCAGCUUGGACCCCCGAAGCCGGACCGCCAGCUGUCAGAGUCCCAGCAGCAAUGCUGAGAGCAGCAGCUCCAACUUAUUCUCCUCUGGUAGCUCCCAGAAACCAGAUUCUGCUGCUUCUUCCCUAGGGGAACAGGAGGGAGCUGGGCAGUGCCAGCAGUCCAGUGUCCUUCGUAGGUCCAGCUUCUCAGAGGGGCAGACACUCACUGUCCCUAAUGGAACAAAGAAGAGUCAUACUCGCUCCCAUUCGGAUACCAGCAUUGCUUCGAGAGGAGCCCCAGGAGGCCCCAGGAAUAUCACCAUUAUAGUUGAAGAUCCCAUUGCAGAAUCCUGCACUGAUAAGUUGAAGCUGAGAGGCCCCUUGCCCUCUUCUGGCCCAAGCAGUGAAGUCAGCACACCCAGCUCUCUGUACAUGGAGUAUGAGGGUGGUCAGUACCUGUGCUCAGGGGAAGGCAUGUUCCGAAGACCAUCAGAAGGACAGUCCCUCAUCAGCUACCUAUCUGAGCAAGACUUUGGCAGCUGUGCAGACCUGGAAAAAGAGAAUGCCCACUUCAGCAUCUCAGAGUCCUUGAUUGCUGCCAUUGAGCUACUGAAGUGCAACAUGAUGAGCCAGUACCUAGAAGAAGAGGAAGAGGAAGAGGAAGACAGUGAUAGAGAGAUUCAGGAACUGAAGCAGAAGAUCCGCCUUCGUCGCCAGCAGAUCCGCACCAAGAAUCUGUUCCCUGCGUACCAGGAGACUGAGCACGGGAGCUUUCGGGUCACUUCCAGCAGCUCCCAGUUCAGUUCACGUGAUUCAGCACAAUUCUCUGAUUCUGGCUCUGCUGAUGAGGCAGAUGCAUUUGAAAUCCAAGAUGGUAGUGAAGGAUCUAACCUGACUCAUAUGUCAAAGAAUGGACUCUCAUUGUUAAUGGCUUUGAUGUUUUCAGAUGCUGACAUCAGAAAGAAUACAGCCUCAAACAGCAGAUCUUUCAUUUCCUCUCAAUCCUUCUCCAGCUGCUUCCUACACUCCACAUCUGCUGAGGCGGUGGCCAUGGGGCUCCUGAAACAGUUUGAGGGGAUGCAGCUCCCAGCCGCCUCGGAGCUGGAGUGGCUAGUUCCAGAGCAUGAUGCCCCUCAGAAGCUCCUGCCCAUCCCAGACUCACUGCCUAUCUCACCUGAUGACGGACAGCAUGCUGACAUCUACAAGCUGCGUAUUCGUGUUCGUGGCAAUCUUGAGUGGGCCCCACCCCGUCCUCAGAUAAUUUUUAAUGUUCAUCCAGCCCCCAUGAGGAAAAUUGCUGUGGCCAAGCAGAAUUACCGCUGCGCAGGAUGUGGCAUCCGGACCGACCCUGAUUAUAUCAAGCGGCUGCGGUACUGUGAGUACUUGGGCAAGUACUUCUGUCAGUGCUGCCACGAAAAUGCCCAGAUGUUCAUCCCCAGCCGAGUUCUACGCAAGUGGGAUUUCAGCAAGUAUUAUGUCAGCAACUUCUCCAAGGACCUGCUCAUUAAGAUCUGGAAUGAUCCUCUCUUCAACGUGCAGGACAUCAAUGGUGCCCUCUAUAGGAAGGUCAAGCUUCUCAAUCAAGUCCGGCUGCUGCGGAUCCAGCUGUAUCACAUGAAGAACAUGUUUAAGACAUGCCGACUGGCCAAAGAGAUUCUGGAUUCCUUUGACAUGGUUCCAGGCCACCUGACAGAGGAUCUCCACCUGUACUCACUGAAUGACCUGACUGCAACCAGGAAGGGGGUGCUUGGACCCAGGCUUGCUGAGCUCACUAGGGUGGGAGCUGCCCACGUAGAGCAAUGCAUGCUCUGCCAAGCCAAGGGGUUCAUCUGCGAGUUUUGUCAGAAUGAGGAUGACAUCAUCUUUCCUUUUGAGCUCCAUAAGUGCCGGACCUGCGAAGAGUGUAAAGCAUGCUACCAUAAAACUUGUUUCAAGUCUGGAAGCUGUCCUCGGUGUGAGCGGCUACAGGCCCGGCGGGAGUUGCUGGCCAAGCUGAGCCUGGAGUCCUACAUGUCAGACUACGAGGAGGAACCCACUGAAGCCUUGGCCCUAGAGGCCACCGUCCUGGAGACCACCUGAAGAGGGCACAUUCAGCCCUCUUCCUAGGGGUUAGGAUCACACAUAAUGCAGAACUGAGCCACCCUUUUAAGGACUUUCCCCGCUUGGUUUAUUUUUUUUUAAUUAUUACCAUUAUUUUUUAUGAUUUGUCUAAAGUCCAUGUGCAGUCAACCUUUGUUCGGUUGGUGGGGUCCAGUCUAUUGUGACUACUGUAGGUAGUAUUUCCAUCAGAACUGACACAUGGGUCUUAGGUGAAGCUUCUGGUGCCUCUGUCAGGGGAAUGGACAGCAAGACCCAAUUUUUCUGGCAUCCCUGGCCUACUACUUGGACCAGAUCUGGUUUCCCAAGUAUCACUUCUGGUUUUAUUUUGUUGUGGUUCUGGGGCUUCUGAGCCAGGCCUUUCUCAACCAACUCACUUCUCUUUCGCUGCUGAAACAGGAGGAUGGAGUUUUCUCUCUCUCAAUCCUGGAAUAGAGUCAGACUGUGCCCUGAAGAGAAGCAGCAGAGAAUGGGACUACAUUGUGGGCAUUCUGUCCAGAUUAUUUAGGUAUUUUUGAGGUUAUAAAAAUAGCAUCAUUACUACCCUGGAAUCCUCAGAGACCUCAGCAAAGCAGCCAUGACUUCCUUGUUUGAAAUACUCUAGGUAAAAACGGUGUCACAAGCUGACUUUCUUUAUCUACCCUGGUGGGCUUGAAGCAAAAAACAGAAUAGAUACUUGGGCCAGGCCCCUUCAUAGCCUUACACGAAGUGCAAGGGAGGCUGCGACUGUUGCUCAAGGAGCAUUCACUCAGCUCUUCGUAGGCAGUCGGGUCCCUUUUAGUCAACCUCGCUCUGGUACGGGUAUGAUCUUUCAAGCUCAGGCAAGUCCCUCAUGCCAUCCUAAACUGAGGAUGGAAACCCCAUCACCAUCUUAUUGGUGGGUCUCUUGCCUCUUUGUCCUGUUAGAUGUCAUUGUGGCCCAGCUCCAUGCCCUCUAUACCCUUCCUAUAACAGAGCCAGGACCCUCCCCAGUGGCUGAUCUCUUGCCUUAGUUUCUUUUGUCAAAGUUGGAGAAAAAGCAUCCUACUAUUAGUGGUGUUUAAGAACUUGACAAUUUGUAGACAUAGGUGUGAAUAUUCCUGUGUUCUUGGGAUAAAUGGGUCUUUAAGCCUAUUAUGCACUGAAUGCUUUACCUUGGUGAUACUCAUAUGUGCAGUCAUUCUUUUCACAUUACUUAUUUUAAAACACACACUCUUUUUUUAAUGUGCAUUUUGAUGGGAAAAGUUUUUGAGGGGACCAUGUAUAUGUUUGUGGUGCUCUCUAUGUUGCUUAGCCCCUGACUUCUGUGUAAAACACUGGUCAGGAUCACUGCUCUAGGGGAUGGCAGCUGUGUGAACAAAAGCCCACAGUAUUUUUCUUCUGGGGCUUACUUCUUCCUGUGGACCUGUCUUUCCACAGUUGGUUGCUAGGAGAAAAGACCGUGUGGGUGCUGCCCCAGGAAGCUGAACAGAAAGUAGUGCAUGGGUGGUGGAAGCUGAUAAGUAAGUACCUGAGCUAGAGGCAACCAGGACCCUCACAGCACAGGAGGAGCAGUAAGGCCAGGGCCAGAGCUGAGUCUCCAUCAGGGCGGAAGGGAACAGGGAGAGAUUGCCCCCAGCCUUGGGAAUCUGAGGCUGCGUCAGGUUGGAAGACCGUGAGGCACUUCUUCCUCCAGCUCAUGGUGGGGGGAGCCUCUGGAAGCCAAGGCUUCCAGCCAAGCCCAGUUUUGAAGGGCUGCCUAGAUGCUUCAUUGUCCUUCCAGGAGCUUAGGGAAUGACCCCACAAAACCCAAGUCUCACUAAGGGCUAGGCCUCAGAGUCAGACUCAGAGAUUUGUAAAAAAUGGUGAUUCUGCUUCCAGUUUUUGUUUAAAUUGCAAAUCUAGCUCCUUACUACAAGUCUCCACACUGGGGGAGAGAGACACUCUAAUUACUGUCCUGCCUGUUUCAUAUCAGCGGACAGAAAAUGCUGACACUGUUUCUAAAGCUGAGCUCAACGAUCUCACAUCCUCCUGGUUUUUCACUGUUUUUUCUCCACCUCCCCCAUUCCAUCCCUUUAGCUUGCAUAUCUGUUUAAGUGACCCUGACACUCUGCUGUCAACACUGUCCAAAUACCCAUUUAUUUAUUUAUUUGAGAAUAAGGAGAGAGAGGAAAGAAGAUGGGAUGUUUUGAAAGCACUUUGCAACUUACCAGUAUCUGAAAAUCCCCUGUUGUUGUGGGGAACAGUUUUGAAUGCACUGAAGAGAGUUCCUUCUGAAUGAAAUGGGAGGAAGAAGUGUUCUUUUCUAUAAAUAAGGUGGGGGGAAAUGGUUGCUUACAAGGUAGGGACAAAAUUGAAGACAUAGCAGAGGAGUGGAAGGCAAAUGUUUUCCACUUAAAUGAAGCUGUUACUGACUUUUCUCUGCCAAGGAUGUCGAGCUUUUGCUAGAUUAAUGUAAAAGGAGCAGGAGUCUGAGUAGAGAUGUGUGUGUGCUGCUCAUAUUCUGAACUAGAUUGCUCCUUGCUGCAUUUCAUACACAGCCUAACAGUUCACUGUCAUUUUAAUAAACCAAGGAAAUGAAA